GCCGAUGGUCGGAAAGUCCUGCGGUCAAGCAUACGGGAGUUCCUGUGCAGCGAGGCUAUGUUUCACCUAGGAAUACCAACAACAAGGGCUGGAACGUGUGUGACAUCUGACUCAAAAGUCAUCCGUGACAUAUUUUAUGAUGGGAAUCCAAAAAGUGAAAGGUGUACAGUUGUUCUGAGAAUAGCUUCUACAUUUAUAAGGUUUGGUUCUUUUGAAAUUUUUAAACCUACUGAUGAAUACACAGGACGCAAGGGUCCCAGUGUUAACCGAAAUGAUAUUCGAAUACAGAUGCUUGAUUAUGUGAUCAGCACUUUCUAUCCAGAAAUCCAGGAGGCUUAUUCAGACAACAGUAUUCAGAGGAAUGCUGCUUUCUUCAAAGAGAUAACAAAACGGACAGCGAGAUUGGUUGCUGAAUGGCAGUGUGUUGGGUUUUGCCAUGGUGUGCUGAACACAGAUAACAUGAGCAUAGUUGGACUAACCAUUGACUACGGCCCUUUUGGAUUUAUGGACAGGUAUGACCCUGAGCACAUUUGCAAUGGUUCUGAUAAUACAGGGCGCUAUGCUUACAACAAGCAGCCAGAGAUUUGCAAGUGGAACCUAGGGAAGCUUGCCGAAGCUCUAGUUCCAGAGCUGCCCUUGGAAAUAAGUGAACUCAUCCUGGAAGAAGAAUAUGACACAGAAUUUGAGAAACAUUAUUUGCAGAAGAUGAGGAAGAAACUAGGCCUAAUCCAGCUGGAGUUAGAAGAAGAUAGUAAGCUGGUGUCUGAGCUCCUUGAAACCAUGCAUCUCACAGGUGGAGACUUCACAAAUAUUUUCUACUUGCUGAGUUCAUUCUCAGUAGAUUUUGAUCCUUCAAAAUUGGAAGAUUUCUUAGAAGAGCUUACAAGUCAGUGUGCUUCUGUGGAAGAACUGAAAGUUGCUUUCAAACCACAGAUGGAUCCAAGACAACUGUCAAUGAUGCUAAUGUUGGCUCAGUCUAAUCCUCAGCUGCUUGCAUUAAUUGGAACAAAAGCUAAUAUAAAUAAAGAAUUAGAACGCAUUGAACAAUUCUCUAAACUGCAGCAGUUGACAGCAGCUGAUUUACUCAGCAGAAAUAAAAGACACUGGAAGGAAUGGCUGGAGAAAUACAGAGUCCGUUUGCAAAAAGAAAUAGAAAGCGUAAGUGAUGCUGAUGCCUGGAACACCGAUCGUGUGAAGGUUAUGAGUUCAAACAACCCAAAAUACAUCUUGAGAAACUAUAUUGCCCAGAAUGCCAUAGAAGCAGCUGAAAAUGGGGAUUUCUCAGAGGUAAGAAAUGUACUGAAACUCUUGGAGAAUCCAUUCCAAGAAGCAGAAAGUUUCAGGGAGGUAAAGGAAGAUGCAGAAGAGGAGGGAGCAACUGCUACAGGAGCUGCUUGUGCUCAGGAGACCAGAAGCAGACUACCAUAUUGCAGUAAACCUCCACUGUGGGCGUCAGAGCUCUGUGUUACAUGA